UAAACUUAUUAAAUAGAUAUGAUUGAGUGAGAGAUGUCGACUGGGUCUGGAUCGGACGAGUGGGAGGAAGUGCGCAAACUCAACUCACCCCCACCGAUGAAGGAGAUCACGUUCUUCUGGUUCCGGGACUCCGAUGUCAUUCUUCCCGCAGAACAUGCACAGUUCUCGCUAGUCGUGCUCAGACUUUACGCCGCCACUGAGGCAGAAGCUGAUAUACAAUCACGGGUCCCGGAGAUAGAUGUGGAACUGCGACUGGAUGAGAGCACAGAUGUGUUUGAGUCCAAGCCAGUCUCAGUGCACGUGGGUCCCUACGAGGGCAGCCUCAUCAUAGGCGAUGACUCAUUCUACCCUCUCAACAGUUUCGAAGUGUUCCCGAACAGAAAUAGAGUUGUGCUCAAAAUUAACCCUGAUUCGAUUGCAGACGCUUCAGGUGAGUACAUAUCAAGUAGCGACGAAAGCAACAAUAACGACAAAUUGGAAGAGUUAUCGGAAAAUGAACAAAGAGUAAAGGGAAAGCAACUUCUAAUUUCGGUUUCGGACGAAGAAUUUCGAUCUUCAGAGGACGAAGAUCCGACAGGCGUCGGCUACAGUUCGGCAGAAGACGAACAAAUUAGUGUGUCGUACGUCCCCGAAACAGAGUCCGUAUUUUCCAAUCUAUUUGGUAAAAAUUUAUUAGACGAAGAGAAUCGAAUUGAAGAAGAAGACGAUAAUUUGGAAGGUGUUGAUGAGAACGAAUUUGAGUUUCAAGAUAAAACUUAUGUUGAAAAUGAAAUUGAUACGGAAUACGGAGAAUAUGAAGAAAUUCGUCUAAAAACAUCCGAAGAAGACGAAGAAGAGAAUAAAUCUUCAGAAAAUGGUGUGAAUCAAAUGAUUCGAAAGUACUCAAAAGAUUCGACGAAAGUGGAACAAAUGACGUCAUCGCAAAGUAAUAUAGAGAAGGACGGGUCGCCGAAAAUGAUCACGACACCAGGACGAAGUACACCUUCGACUGUGAUUGACACAAAGUUGUCUCCGGUUUCUACGCCUAGACAGUCCGAGACUGGAUAUAUUGAGGAAGAAGGAAGUAGACACUCCGAUUUGGACAGUGAGAUCCAGGAGUUACACAGAAGGAACACAGAGAAAGACAACGAGAUACUGAGACUGAAGCGAGACAUGUUGGAGCUGCAGAGGAACAACCGGAACCUCCAGUCGGAGCUGGAGAAGCUGCAACAGUCUGAUUUAGACGAGAUUCACAAUCUGCAAGAUGAAAAUCAAAGACUGGAAUUGCAAAUUUCAAUGCUAGAAAGAGACAACAGAGGUCAAAGAAAAAAUGACGUAGACCCAAAAUACGACGCGCUGUUGAAAGAAGUUGAAAUCCAAAAACGGGUUAUUUGUGAACUAGAAGCCGAGAAGGAAAUCUUGGACAAAAAAGUUGAAUCCUUGCAAAUGUCUCUGAACCAAUCAAAAACGUUCGCGGCGAUUGACGAAGAAACAGAACCCGUCACCGAUAUGUCGGAGUCCAUCCAGGAACAAAAAUCCAAUCCUUUGCCGCAAUCUAACGAAGAUCCCAUUAUGGAAACUGACAAUCACAAAAACCGAGAAUCAUAUUCGCCCAAGAGGGAAAAAGAUAAUCAUAGCCCGAGUAAUUCACUGUCUGCAGUAGAUGAUGGCAACAGGAGAAGUCAGAUACCAUACGGGAUCCGCCAAUACAUGCAAAAUGGGCAUAGUAAAGAACCUGUACAAAGUCCUUCAUCGAGUUCAAAUUUUGACCAUUUUGCAAAUGGCCAACAGAAAAAUGGCCAUCAGACCAAUGGCCACUUAGAAAAUCAGUAUGAAGUUUCGCCCAAAUCGGACGACUCGUUUGUAGCACCUGAUCUCAGCUACACAAAAUCAAACAUCAGUUUUCUCAGAGAACGUCUGGGUGAUUUGAAAGUGAAGAAUGAUGACUUGCAUGAUAGAUACUGCAAGUUAGAAGAGUCUUCAGAGAGGAAAAGGGAAGCGGAGUUCGGAAAUAUGCAGGAGAUCUCCAAGUCUAAAAACCCAAUAGAAAAGUUCCGCGAAGGUCUUUUGGAAGACCACGCAGAAUUGCUAGAAGCCACUGACAAGGAAAUAGACCGCUUAGUAGAUCGCAUAACGCAAAAUGACCCCCUGUUUAACCAAUCUAAUCCAGAUUUUAAAAAUGACGAAGAUAUGGCUGAAAUGAGGUACGAGGGGUCUGAAAAGACCCUGUACCAAACCCCAGCUGGUAACAUGAGUAGACCGCAGAGGAGUACAUUCAUGGAGCAGAGGAAGGCAGCCUUAGCUGAUUUGGAGGAGAUACGAACCAACUUGGCCGCUGUGCGAGAACAACUGAAGAACGACGAGGCCAAGAACAAGGAAUUUGAAUGGGUGCGACUUCGAGACAACUUCGACAAACUGAAGAGACCAUCGGAGCUGUUUGGAAGUCUCAUUCAGUUAUCAGACGACAAGCUAAGUGCAAAUCAGCUGAGUGAUUUGGACCUGGAUCCCGAAGACGAGAAAAUUCUAAAACGUGCUCUGAGUGAUAAACAUUUCAACCUCAAUGGAGUAGAAAGCACGUGGUCAGCUGAUAAGAGGAGUAACGACCAAUUGGGAAAAAGUGGGAAAUAUGUUUCCGGACACUCUUCAACUGCAGAAUCUAUCAUUGAGCGUCAAAUUGACAAGCUGAACGCUGCCUCUCUGCUUUACAAUGUCACGACGAAAUCAUAUCAAAAUGGAGCCGAAAGUGACUCAACUGAAGUUCUCUUAGCCGUCAAUCCAGUGCCACCACCUGUCACAACUAUAGUAAACAAACCACAAUCAUCACUAGGCAGAGCAAUCAGCCACAGGGUCAAAACCUCACCUAACAGGUCACCAAAUAGGUCGAAAGGUCAAGCGAAGUCGCACGGGAGAAGAGUGAGGUCGACAUCUAGGAAUUCAGCGACAAGUGGCGGAGGUGGUAAUAAGAGACAAUCAGUGAAAUACAUCAAGAGUAGGCGGUCAAGUAGUGAGGACAAUGAAUCCAGUGAUGCUACUAUCAUCUCAGAUGAUGAUACUGCUAACGAAAACGGUCACGACAGUCCAGUAAUGAAUCGCGGGACUCAUAGGAACCCUGACUCGCUCUACGAGGAGAGACUGAACAAAAGCUACCCUAGUGGCUCAGCCACUCGAAGCAGACUGAAGGCCAAUGGAUUGCUGGUCACUGACUCGGAGACAGCCAAUGACUCUGAGUCUACAUUAGAAGCGGAGUCAAUUUGUGUGUCAGACGCCUGGAGUGGUUAUGCCCGCAACGGAAUGAAACAGUUACCCAGUCCGAAUUUCACAGGUUCAGGCAGAAGUGCUACCCAGAAAAGGUCCUCAUCGCCUCAGAAAUACGUAGAUAUGAAAAGAUACAGUUCGAGCCAACUGUCGAACAGUUUGAACAGCAAGUGUGGCUCAAACACAAAUCUGAAAAAGUCCUCUCUGGAUGCGCCAAAGUUCUACUUGCCCAAAGUGCCUUCGGAUGCACGGAAGGGAGACAGGGUGAAAUUCUCCCGCAAGGGGGGCAAAGUGAGUCAUGGAAUCAUCAAGUAUGCGGGCAAACUGCCCGGAAGAAACGACUACUACCUGGGAGUGGAGCUAGAAGCAGGAGCUGGAAAACACGACGGAACUUACCAAGGAAAGCGACUGUUCACAUGCGAAUUUCGCAAAGGAGCCUUUGUGAGUUUCGACAAGAUAAUCUUGUGCUACAAUCUUCUAUAGGCAAUUGCCAAAAAAAACUUUCCAAGUUGCAGAAUACCAAUUCAGCUUUCUAUUAUUUCUAUGCUUUUGUAAGGCUUUGUUAUGAAAUUGUUCAAAUUUUAAUCAGAUUGAACUAUUUAGUUUGAAAUGUAAAAUACAAGUGUUUUGUCAAAAUGUAAAUUUGAUUUCUAAAAUAAUGUUUGUAAAUAAUUUUGAAUUGUAAAUAUGCGUUGUUGUAUUGUUCA